AUGGACUCCGAGGAGGACUCGGACCGCGCGGCUUUUGCCCCGCGGAAAUCCCUGGCGCGAACUCCUCCAUACGGUCUGGAUGAGAGUACCAGGUCGCGCUUAGGAUCAAAUGCGGCGGAAAAGAGAAGCCUGACGUCCCCGGAGGAGCAAGGGUCCUUGGCGCAAAAGCCAAGAGUGGAGAUGCGUAGGUGCCGUCCGACCACCCCGGCUCCCGCUCCGCCCAGGAGUGAUACGGUGCCCCCGGUAGCUGGUAUUGUUACCGCAACGGCCCGCGAUGAAAGUGUAGGCAGCAACCCGGAGGAUAGGGAGCGAACCCUGGCCAAGAGCUCUAAACUCGAGUUGCUGGAUCGAGUGCGAGACAAUCUGGAGCACAUAACGACUACUGUCACCGGUCCGGGCUCAAAGCUCAACAAAAGUGACACGAAUGUGGUGGGAGCGUGCGUAAGGGAGGUGCUGGCGGUUGUGGCCGCCCUCAAUCUACGACUGAGUGACGCCGAGUUGGAACUGGCGGAGGCAAAUUUAAGAGUCGCAAAGGCCGAAAACCGGGUGUUGCGUAGUGAGUUAACUACCAAGGACAAGGCCGCACCGGGCAUCUCUUACGCCUCAGCCCUGAAGCUGACCAGGGGAGGUGAACCUACCCCAAUGCCUUCCGGAAAUGGUCCUGUCAUUGCCUUUUACCCAGUACAGGAGCAAAGCGAUAAAAUAAGAACGGCGGAGGACACCAAGGCGGUAUUAAAAAAGGCCAUCAAGCCUGUAGCGAUGGAGGUGCAGGUGGAACGCCUGCGUAAGGUGGGGAAUGCGGGGGUGAUAGUCCAGACAACCACCGCAGAAGGAGCCGAAAAAUUGAAGUGUGCUGCACCCUCGACCCUGCGUGUGGAGGUUCCUAAAUCAAGGUCCCCGCAAGUUUGCCUUAGGAACCUGGAUGGAGAUUUGGAGUCUACUGACAUCCUUGCGGCGCUGCAUGAACAGAACUUCAAGGGAAGCAGCUGGACGGUGGCGCGCAUCCAGGCCGAGUGUAAAGUGUUUCGGAGGAGAGGGUUCAGAGGAACCACUACCGCGGUGUUGGAAUGCUCGGCCACAUUUAGGCAGGCGAUACUGGAAAAGGGUCGGGUGGGCCAUGAAGCCGAGGUGAGGAGAAGAAGAAUAGAGGACUUCAUCAAUGGCCAUGAUCUUUUAAUAAGAAACGAGGCCGGCCAACCAUUCACCUUCUGCGGCCCAAACGGGAGCUCAAACAUUGACCUUACGGUGUCGACUAGGAGCUGCAAAGUCCAUGAAUGGCGAGUGCACGAGGAAAUGUCAAGCAGUGACCAUCGACUCUUGACAUUUCUGGUGGGAAAUAACACACGCACGGCAAGCGGCAACGAGCCGAUCUGUAUCACGCCAACCAGAUUUAGGGAGUCCGGGGUAUGCUGGGACCGGUUCCGCGCGGGAAUCAACUCAAGAAUGGGUAAUCUGAAUGUGCGUAAACCUCCCCCCCAACUAGCGAGGGACUUUACGAAUGUGGUUUUGCGUGCGGGUUACGAAUGUUUGGGUGUCAGGAACUCGAAGAAAGGGGGAGGAGGAUAUGAUUGGUGGAACAGUAAGAUAGAUACGGCACGGAAAGAAAGCUUUCGUUUGAGGACUGUAUGGCAGAGAACUAAAAGGUUGGGUGGACAGCGUGAGGAGAUGGCAGGCAACGCAUUUCGUGCGGCUCGACGUAGGUAUAGAAACCUGAUGGAGGAGGCGCAAAACAGUUACUUCCUCCGCAUGGCCGAAAGCGGCAAUACUGACCUCUGGGGUCAGGCCUACCGGAUUGCCAGCGGCAGAUUCCAUCCUCCUGCCAAUGUCAUCAACGGCGUUGAGUACGCCGGCAGCUGUGCGGAGAGUGUGGAGGUGGCGGCGGCGGGACUCCUGGGGGCCCUAUGUCCGGACGAUGAUGCAUCGAAGGACGGGGCAUACCACAGGCAGUACGAGAGGAACCGCAGUUUCGGACAUUUGGUUCAUGCACUCGGCCGAGCGGCCGGUGGUGCGAAGCUACCAUCCGCGGGAUUAUGCCUGAACGCCUCUAAGGCCGAAGCCAGCCUAGCCGAAUCCGGCAAGGAUAUGCUCACUGUGGAGCUCCGAGAGUCGGGAGGCUCUAAACAAUGUGACUUUACUAGUCGCGCUGCACUCGUGCGGCGAGACGUCGAAGCCCAUUUGGAUCUCG